CCAUGCCACCUGAGCUCCAGCACUGAGCUGCUCAGGACUCAUCCAACAAACACACACAACACUUAAACAGAAGACCUCAAAUAUAACACACAGUCUCCAAAUGUCCAGAAUACACAAUAUAACAACACACGCCAUCAAUAUUCCGAAAUGCCUUCCACAAUCUCCCACAUGUACGUGUAAAAAACAGUAGUUUUUAAAAUGGAGGGCUUUGCUGAUGGCCAUGUUAACCCUGCAGAUUAAGCCGAUCAGAUUAGUUGAGUCAGUCAGAAGCAGCAAGUUUGGCUGUUGUGUUUCAGCGACUAUCAUGGACUGUAAUUAUGUACUUUUAUUCGUGAAUGAUAAGGAACUCAUAUUUCUUCAGCACUGAGGUUUGUUGCAGCUUAUUGACCCCUACACGGGGUUAAGUUGGAGCCAUGAACACAGGCAGCCAGAUCCGUCUGCUGCUCUGGAAGAACUGGACGCUCCGCAAGAGACAAAAGAUUCGCUUCCUGGUUGAGAUUCUGUGGCCUGUGUUUUUAUUCAUUGGACUUGUGUGGCUACGAAAAGCCAAUCCUCUGUAUCGCCAACAUGAAUGUCAUUUUCCCAACAAGGCUAUGCCCUCAACGGGAAUCCUGCCUUGGAUUCAAGGGAUUUUCUGCAAUGCUAAUAACCCAUGUUUUCGCCAUCAAACUCGAGGAGAGUCGCCUGGGGUCGUUUCCAACUACCACAACUCCAUACUGGCACGGUUUUACCAAGAUUCACAGAAGCUGCUGUUCAACGACACUGAGUUCCGUCAGCUCAGCCGUCUGUGGCAUGAAGCCACCAUCUUGAGCAACUUCAUGGAGACACUGCGCACCAAUCCUGCGCUGGUGGCAGGUAAAGGACUGAAGGUAGAGCACAUUCUGAAGGACGAUGAGGGCCUAACGUCAUUCCUGUUGCGGGACGCUGGGCUUUCAGAGGCUGUGGUGUAUGAUCUUACAAAUGCUCAAGUGCGGGUGGAGCAAUUUGCAUAUGGAGUCCCAGAUCUGACUCUGAAAGAGAUCGCCUGCAGUCAGGCUCUUCUGGAGCGAUUCCUCAUCUUCCCCAGUCGUGGAGGGCUGUAUGGGGUCCACAAUGCCAUGUGUGCCCUUUCCCAGCAAAGGCUGCAGAAGAUCGAAGACGUGCUGUAUGCCAACAUAGACUUCAUCAAGCUCUUACGACUGUUGCCCAUGGUGCUGGAUAACCACAUGACCGGGAUAGACCUGCAGUUCUGGGGUCGAGUGCUUUCAGCGUUGUCCGACAAGCUUCAGGAGCUUGCGGAGAGGCCCAGCUCCCAGGACUUGAUGCGGGUCAUGUACUCCAUCUUCCAGUCCGGGGGUCCCUCGUCCUUCAGUCAGCUGAUGUCCACUGUGUCAGAUCUCUUCUGUGGAUACCCAGAGAGUGAGAUCACCCGGGUCUUCUCCUUUAAUUGGUAUGAGGACAACAACUACAAGGCUUUCCUUGGCAUCAACAGCUCCAGAGGACACGACAGCUACACCUAUGACAAGACAGCAACUCCAUUUUGUAAUGCAUUGAUGCAGAACCUAGAGUCGAACCCUCUUACGAAAAUCAUGUGGAAUUCAGUGAAGCCUCUGGUGAUGGGGAAGAUCCUCUACACCCCAGACUCCCCAGCUGUCAGAAAGAUAUUAAAAAGUGCCAACACUACUUUUGAGGAGCUAGAGAGGUUGCAGAAAAUGGCGAAGGUCUGGGAAGAGGUGGGACCGCAGCUCUGGGAAUUCUUUCAGAACAGCGUCCAAAUGAACAUGAUACGGGACACACUUAGAAACCCCACAGUGAUGGACUUUUUGGACAGGCGUCUUAAAGAAACACAGUUCUCCACCAAAGACAUCCUUAACUUUCUGCACAAUGGCCCAGAGCAGGACAGAUAUAUGAACAUGACAAACUUUGACUGGAGAAACGUCUUUGGGCUGGCUGAUCAGGCUAUUCGGAUGUUCAACCAGUACAGUGAGUGCAUAAGUCUGGAUAAGUUUGUGGGUCACAUGGAUGAGAAUCUGAUGACCCAUCAGGCUCUGCACCUGCUGGGGGAGAAUAAGUUCUGGGCAGGUCUGGUCUUCAUAGACAUGUACCCCUGGACCUCAGAACUGCCCCGCCACGUCAAGUUCAAGAUCCGAAUGGACAUUGAUGCAGUGGAACGCACCAACAAAAUCAAAGACAGGUACUGGGACCCUGGCCCAAGGGCAGACCCUGUGGAGGACCAUCGCUACAUUUGGGGUGGUUUUGCCUACCUGCAGGACAUGAUUGAACACGGAAUACUUAAGUUACACACAGGUCAUGACUGGCCUUUAGGUGUUUACCUGCAGCAGAUGCCCUACCCCUGCUAUGUGGAUGACAUGUUCAUGCUGACUCUAAACCGCUGUUUCCCCAUAUUCAUGGUGCUGGCCUGGAUCUACUCAGUGUCCAUGGUAGUGAAGAGCAUCGUGCUGGAGAAGGAGAUGAGGCUGAAGGAGACACUGAAGGCCAUAGGCGUCUCUAAUGGAGUCAUCUGGUACACGUGGUUCAUUGAUAGCUUCCUCAUAAUGGCCACCAGCACUGCUCUGCUGACUGGCAUUAUCAUGGUAGGCAAAGUGCUGAAUUACAGUGAUCCCAUCAUCCUGUUUCUGUUUCUACUCACGUUCACUGUGGCCACUAUUAUGCAGUGUUUCUUGAUGAGUGUGUUCUUCAAUAAGGCCAACUUGGCUGCGGCUUGCAGUGGCAUCAUCUACUUCACCCUCUACCUCCCUCACAUCUUCUGUUUCGCCUGGCAGGAUCGCAUUACCAAGGAAAUGAAGUUAGCUGUGAGCUUUCUGUCUCCAGUGGCCUUUGGUUUUGGGACAGAGUAUCUGUCCCGCUAUGAGGAGCAAGGCCUGGGGUUGCAGUGGGACAAUAUUCGUACAAGUCCUCUAGAGGGUGACGAGUACUCCUUCUUCACUUCCAUUCGCAUGAUGCUAUUGGAUACAGUUGUCUAUGCUUUUUUGGCUUGGUAUCUCGACAAUGUCUUUCCAGGCCAGUAUGGCAUCGGUCGGCCCUUUUAUUUCCCACUGCAGCCCUCUUAUUGGCUGAAGCCGACACCUCAACCCUCACAGAUUCCAGAUCCAGGCCCUGAGAAGCCUGUGGUAAACAAUGUGGAGAAGCAGGAAGAUGUGGAGUAUGGUGACCUUUCACCGGACCACAGGGAAUGCAAUGGUUCCCGCAGCAGCAAACAAUGCAAACACAGGGAGAAACGAGAGAGGAUGGAGAAAGUGAGAGAGCGGGAGGAACAGCUAAAAACGCAGGAAGAGAUUCAACAGGAGGAGAUACAGCCUGUGCACGAUGGGAAUCCAUUCUUUGAGCCAGAGCCGGAAGGUCUGUUAAUAGGAGUGUCAGUGCAGGACUUGGUGAAGGUGUAUUCAAACUCAAGACCUGCAGUGGACUGUCUCAACAUGAACUUCUAUGAGGGCCAGAUCACUUCUUUCCUAGGUCACAACGGGGCAGGAAAGACCACCACCUUGUCCAUAUUAACUGGGUUGUUUCCACCCACUUCUGGAACGGCUUACAUAUAUGGUAAAGACAUUCGUACAGAAAUGGAUGCCAUACGUCAAUCAUUGGGCAUGUGUCCACAGUACAACAUCCUCUUCAAUCACCUGACAGUAGAAGAGCAUAUUCUCUUCUACUCUCUGCUGAAGGGACGUGAUCGCAAGGAGGCCAUGCAGGAGGUUGAGAACAUGCUGGAGGACCUGGGACUGCCUCAUAAACGAGAUGAGGAAGCACAGAACCUCUCUGGGGGUAUGCAGAGGAAGCUGUCUGUGGCGAUGGCUUUUGUGGGUGGUUCUAAGGUAGUGAUACUGGAUGAGCCAACAUCAGGAGUGGAUCCAUACUCCAGACGCUCCAUUUGGGACCUGCUACUCAAGUACCGAACAGGACGCACAAUAAUACUGUCCACUCAUCACAUGGACGAGGCAGACCUGUUGAGUGACAGAGUGGCCAUCAUCUCUAAAGGGAAGCUACACUGCAGUGGCUCUCCCCUCUUUCUGAAGAACUGCUUUGGAGUGGGUUUCUACCUCACGCUGGUGCGUCGCAUGAAAGACCAGCGCAAAAAAGAGAAUGAGUGUGACUGUGCGUCUGAGUGCUCCUGCACCUGCUCCACCUGCACCAGAUAUAAAGAGGAGAGUCAUGCAUUACAGCCUGAGAGAAUACUGGAUGGGAACGUUGAGAGCAUCACUACUCUGAUUCAUCACCAUGUACCUGAGGCGAAGCUGAUUGAAAUGAUUGGUCAGGAGAUGACCUAUCUGCUGCCAAAUAAAGGUUUUAAAUUUCGUGCAUACGCCAGCCUUUUCCGUGAACUGGAGGAAACGUUGGGUGACAUGGGCCUCAGUAGCUUUGGCAUAUCUGACACCUCACUAGAGGAGAUCUUUCUGAAAGUUACAGCGGACGGAGAGGCAGCCAACAGCUCUGUCACACCAGAGCAAUGGAUGCUACAACGGAGGAAAGGCAGAGAGGCUGCGAGUAAUGUUGAAGAUGCUAAUGGUGUAAACCCACUGGAGUCUGACAACAGUGCUGGUAGAGCCUCCAAGCAGGUUAAAGGCUUUAGUCUAGUGCUCAAGCAGUUCCACGCUCUUCUGGUCAAGAGAUAUCACCAUGCCACACGCAGUCACAAAGAUUUUCUUGCACAGAUUGUUUUGCCAGCCAGUUUUGUCCUUAUUGCUUUGAUCUUCACUAUGAUUGUCCCAUCAUUUGGAGAGUAUCCCAGUCUGACCCUCACUCCAUGGAUGUAUGGACCGCAGUUUACCUUCAUCAGUAAUGAGCAGCCAUCACAUCCAAAGAUGAGGCACUUCAUACAGACAUUGCUGAAGGAGCCUGGCAUGGGAACACGCUGCAUGGCAAAUCAGCCUUUGGAGAACCUCUUUACCUGCCUAAACACAACUUCUGAUUGGGAGGUUCCUCCAGUGUCUCCUGAGGUCGAAAACAUCUUAUUGAGUCCCGAGUGGGAUACAAGAAACCCCUCCCCUUCCUGUGAGUGCAGCACUGAUACAAAGCUCACCAUGCUGCCCGUCUGUCAGGCUGGAGCUGGAGGAUUGCCGCCACGCCAGAGGAAAGCACCAACAGGGGACAUUUUGCUCGACAUGACAAACAAAAACAUCUCUGACUACUUAGUGAAGACUUACCCCAAACUCAUCAAGACCAGCUUGAAGAGCAAAUAUUGGGUGAAUGAACAAAGGUAUGGUGGUCUCUCUGUUGGUGGACAACUGCCGAUUCUUGACGUUGAUCCAGAGGAGAUUAGGGCCGUAUUUUCCCAGCUUGGACGGAUGAUGAAUAUUACAGGGGGCCCCUAUUCAAAUUCAGCAAUGAAUGAAUUAGGAACGUUCUUGCAUUACAUGGAGAGUGAGUACAAUGUUAAGGUGUGGUAUAGCAACAAAGGCUGGCAUGCCAUGGUCUCCUUCAUGAACGUAGCAAACAAUGCCAUUCUCCGUGCUUACCUGCCGCCUCACGCCAAUCCAUCAGAGUACGGCAUUACUGCCAUUAACCACCCGCUCAACCUCACCAAAGAGCAGCUCUCGGAGGUCACUGUUCUCACCACAUCAGUGGAUGCAGUGGUGGCCAUUUGCGUCAUCUUUGCCAUGUCCUUCAUCCCAGCCAGCUUCAUCCUCUACCUCAUUCAGGAGCGUGUCACCAAGGCCAAGCAUCUGCAGUUUGUUAGUGGAGUUAGCCCUCUGGUCUACUGGGUCGCCAACUUUUUCUGGGACAUGAUAAACUACUCUAUCAGCACAGCAAUGGUUGUGGGCAUUUUCGUGGGUUUUGAUAAGAAAUGCUACACAUCACCAACCAAUCUGCCAGCGCUGGUCGCUUUGCUUUGUCUCUAUGGGUGGUCAGUGACGCCCAUGAUGUACCCCAUGUCCUACAUUUUCAAUGUCCCCAGCACGGCAUAUGUGUCCCUCUCCUGCAUCAACCUUUUCAUUGGUAUCAACAGUAGUGCCAUCACCUUCAUCUUAGAGCUCUUUGAGAACAACAGGUCUCUGCUAAUGUUUAAUGAGGUGUUGAAGAAGGUGCUACUGGUCUUCCCUCACUUCUGUCUUGGCCGAGGUCUCAUUGAUAUGGCCAUGAACCAGGCUGUGACUGAUGUCUAUGCCCGAUUUGGGGAGGAGUUUUCCAUGGAUCCGUUCAGAUGGAACUUUGUGGGGAAGAAUCUCUUCUGUAUGGCUGUGGAGGGUUUUGUCUAUUUCAUCUUUAAUCUGCUCAUCCAGUACAAUUUUUUUCUUGAUCACUGGGCGUCAGACUAUGGAAAGAGUCCUGUUAAAGAUGAAGAUAAUGAUGUAGCUCAGGAGAGAGAGCGCAUUUAUAAAGGAGGAAACAAGAAUGACAUCCUUCUAAUCCGAGACUUGUCAAAAACAUACAGACGCAGAAAACGACCAGCAGUGGACAAAAUCUGUGUAGGAGUUCCAGCAGGAGAGUGCUUUGGUCUUCUUGGUGUAAAUGGUGCAGGUAAAACCACAACCUUUAAAAUGCUGACCGGAGACACAGAUGUGACCUCAGGGGAGGCGUCAGUAGCUGGAUACAGUAUUCUCACCAAUAUCCUGGAUGUGCACCAGAAUAUGGGCUACUGCCCUCAGUUUGACGCCAUAGACGAGCUGCUGACGGGGAGGGAGCACCUGCACCUGUACGCUCGCCUCCGCGGGAUCCCUGAAUCUGAUAUUAGCAGAGUGGCUGAGUGGGGGAUUCAGAAGCUGGGUCUGUCUGAAUAUGCAGGAAACUGUGCUGGUACCUACAGCGGGGGCAACAAGAGGAAACUGUCAACUGCUAUUGCUAUGAUUGGCUGUCCUCCUCUAGUUCUCCUGGAUGAGCCCACCACAGGAAUGGACCCUCACUCCCGUCGCUUCCUGUGGACCGCUAUUCUGAGUAUCAUCCGUGAUGGGAGGGCAGUCGUUUUGACGUCUCACAGUAUGGAAGAGUGUGAAGCUCUUUGUACACGCUUGGCCAUCAUGGUCAAUGGGACGUUUAAGUGUCUGGGCACAAUCCAGCAUCUGAAAUACAAGUUUGGAGGUGGCUACGUAGUCACGAUGAAGAUCAAAGCUGAAAAAGCAGGCAUACCUCCUGACCUGAUCCCAGCCGAGUCCUUUAUGGAAAGCAGCUUCCCUGGAUGUAUACAGCGAGAAAAACACUACAACACUUUACAAUAUGAAAUCGCCGCCGCCUCACUGGCACGAGUCUUCCAGCUGGUGUUGACCAACAAAGAGAGACUGAACAUUGAGGACUACUCUGUGUCUCAGACCACAUUAGACCAGGUGUUUGUGAGUUUUGCCAAGCAGCAGUCAGGAGAAGAUGAUACUCAGCUCAGAGCAUCAGUGCCGAGACGAGAGACAAAGGUCUUGCCACUAAAAAGAGUUGUGACGAAAAACAGUUAAAAUGAACUCAUAUGCUU